GUCAACUGCUCACUGGAGAAUGCAUUUUAGGCCAUCCGCACAUUUGUGCGAAUUGUUUUAGCUCUCGAGUGCUUCGUGCAGUUUUAUCGCCAGAGCGACGUGGGAGAGGUUAUAAGUAUAGAUUUCACGAAAUUAACGUCGAGUGGUGAGCUGUCAUCUGUCGAAUUCAAAACAAACACAAGCACACGAAAAAGCUCAACUAUGUAACACCUGUAGAGCUGGGGCAGUGGCGUCUUAUAUAUUAUCAGCACUCGACGUUUCGUUUCUCGCCACUACACUGUACUCGUUUGAGUACUAAGCAGAAUGUCAAGUUUAGAAGCAAGUGCUACUAGCUGUGUCAGCGAAGUGACUCUUGCUAUAAGCAGGACCAAACUUUCAAAUCCAGUUGAUAAUUCAAGAGUUUUAGAUAGUCCUGAUUCAUCGAGUUCUGGAAAUUCAAAUUCCUUCACUAUACAGAGAUAUGAUUAUACAGAUGAUGAAAGUCAGAAUGGAAAUUCAGAAUAUCAAGAAUCACAAGAAUCGAGUACCAAUGAUAAUGAUUUGAGAAUACCUAUCGUUGGCUAUGAAGUUAUGGAAGAAAGAGCUAGAUUUACAGUGUACAAAUUAAAAGUUGAGUUCAAAAAUGGAAAUUGCUGGUUUGUGUUUCGCCGUUAUACAGAUUUUGUCCGCUUGCUCGCACAGCUUAAAAGACUAAAAGCUCCAAUUUCUCAUCUUUCGUUACCCAGAAAAAAGUGGAUUGGUGAUAAUUUUGCCCCCAGCUUUCUCGAAGAUAGAAUUACAGGUUUACAGUCUUUUGUCAAUGGGCUGUUAAAUAGUUCAGAUUUAGUUAUAUUACCUUGUGUGAGAGAAUUUUUUUGUCUUGAUGAACCACCAGCUUUAUCAGAUACUGUAGAAGAAUCAAGGGCUAUUUUUGAAGCUCUUGAAGAUACAAUUUACCAUUUACGUCAACAAUUAAAAGAGAAAGAAAAAGCAUUAGCAUCUGAAUCGACUCUUUGUAAUGAAUUAAGAAAAAAACUGCACACUCUCUUAAGUGAAUCUCAAAACUGCUCAAAUUGUGGCGCAAUUAACAAGUACUCUAGUAUGGAUUUGGAGACUUGAGGAAAAUAUGCCUUGUACUUAAUUUCAUUUUAUUACAUGCACUUAAGUUAAAAAAAAUUUCUUUUGCAAAACGAUCUGAUUCAUAAGACUGAUGGAAAAAAAGGAACAAACUUAACAUUUCAGAAUUAUUUAGAUUGCAAAAGAUAGAUUAAUCAAUCAAGUAUUAUGACAACUAAAGAGUUUUCAAAAUAGAGUAAAGUGACCUUAGUACUGCCUUACUAGAAUAAGCUAGUAUUUCGAGAACUUCCAACUAAAGAAUAACUUCCAAAAAUGAUUCGAGUAUGUAAUCAUAAAAAUCAUAUAAAAAAUAUUUGUUUCAGAAAAUCUAUUUAUUUAGAUAAUGUGAAUGGAAUUAUAUGGCUGCUACAUUGUUGAAAAAUUAUUUAUUUUAAUAAGUGAUAUUGUGAAAGUAAAAUUGUUAUAAAGAAAAUUGUAAUUUAAUUUAUGUACAUCAAAUUCUUUAUGUUUUUGUUAAACUUAGUGAAGAUAGAGUAGAAUGAUUAUAUAUAUUUCAUAGCAAAUGAGCUACUAUCUACAUAAGAAAAAUACUAUAGUUGAAUAAUAUUUUUAUACGAU